AUGAAUAAUCAGCAAAACAGUGACACGGAGUGGUCAGAUUCUCCUGCGUCUAUCCCGCCCCCUCCGGGAGUCGAACCCGAGCAUCCGGAAGCCAUUAGUGAAAUUGGACAAAAAGUAUGCGUCUCGACAGGUUUGAACGCCCGUCACACCACGCUGCAACCCACAUCACUGCCGUCGUCAGCGUCGUCGUCAGCGUCGUCAUCGUUGUCGUCUAGCGCCAUCGGUAGCAGACCGAGCUCCACGAGUGCUCCACAGACCAAAAGGAUCUCCCGGUCCCGAUCUCGAUCCCGAGGUCAUGACAAUGCUCGAUCUAACUCGCAUUCGCGUUCUUCUCUCACCAUGCAGACCGUGCAAGAUCGUUUCCCAUAUACGCAUUAUCUCCAAGACGUUAGCGUGCCGUCAGCUUUGUCUUUGGCUCGUUACGUCCCGGAGCAUCCACUUGCGCUGUCUACAAAUACUACUACACAGUGGCAAGCACACCCAUCAUUGGCACAAAACGAAAUACUACAUUCUGUUGUUGAUCCUCAGCAAACGCAUACAAACAGCUAUAAUGUCGCCAAUUUGCAAUCUCGCCAAUUGAACUCAGAAACUCAACCAUCUGCCUCUAAACAGACGCCUCAAAUUACAAACGUACAGUCCCAAUAUGACGUGGUCGACAACUAUUACCAAGCAGCUUCUCGAAAUGACCAGCAAAUGCAUUCACACCAUCAUGUGGAAGAUCAAAAGCGUAUGCUCAGAAAUUCGCCAUCUAGUCAGUUUCCGCCAUUCGCUGAGUCAGAUCCAGCACCAAGUUUAGGCUCUGUAUGGCAUUCAGAAGGCGAUUUUUCAAAUACGGCAGAGACCAGUUCCAUCUUACAGCAGUCUGCAUCAUCUGAAGCUUCCAUUUGGCGCCGCCAUAAUUCAGCUCCCCAGCCGUCGGAAACGAAACUUAGCAUAGAUGCCAAUCGCAUCUCAAAGAGGCAGUGUCCGCUUUGUCACAAAUUUUUUUCUAGCUUCACUGCGGUGCAAGCUCACUCGUUAGUGCAUUCAGGACACAGACCGUACCGCUGUCCUUAUCCAAAUUGCGCGAAAAGCUUCAACGUGAAGAGCAACAUGGUGCGCCACUACAAGCUACACACAAAGAAAUCUGAGAUUGAAAACGCCUCAGAACUUGCUCCUAAGAGUCCCAAGGAUAAUCACACAGAGUUCAGUUGA